UGAGUUCGAACUCAAAAGCGAUUGGACAGUUGAAAAGGUUCCCUCGUGAGACAUAUCAUUUUGCUCUAUCAACUAAAACCAUUUCGAAAAAGCUUCAAAUGGAUACCAGAAAACUAGUUUUAUGAGUCUUGGUUUUUCAGACAUCCUCAUUCAAAUAGUUCUGUUGGAAUUUUUAGGUCCACAAAAUGUGAUAUAGAAUCAUUUGAGCUACUCGAAAGUUUUUUCAGAUUAUUUCUAGCUAUUAUCUUCGAGAAGAAAACUUCAAAAAUAUAAUCCCUCUAAAUUUAUGUUCACCACUAUAAAUAUUCAUCAUUGAUUUUGAUUUUUGUGUUUUAUUAAAAGAUUUUUUCAAUUAUUCGAAAAAUAUAAUGGUCCAAAAACAGGUCAUCUGAAAUUAAAACAUCCCGGUCAACUUCAAGAAGUUCUUGAUAUAACUCGAAUAUUAAUCAAAGAACUUAAUGAUAAUCGAACGAAUCGAUUUCCUAAUUCAUCUGAAACAAGAGUAAAAUUAUUUCAACUUAAACAAGUAUUAGAAUUAUAUGGACAUUUUUCUGGUAUUAAUCGAAAAAUUCAAUUAAAAUAUUUAUCAAAAGGUCUACCGAAAAAAACUAGUAGUGAUGAUGAACCUAACAACGUAUCACCACAACCAUCAUUACUCUUAAUAGUUAAAUGGGGUGGACAAUUAACUCAAACAGGGAAAAAUCAAGCUGAAGUACUUGGCAAAGCAUUUCGUAAAAUGUAUCCCGGUGGACAAAGUGCUGGUGGUGAUCGACCUGAUGUUGGUCUUCUUCGUUUACAUUCCACAUUUCGACACGAUUUAAAAAUUUAUGCAUCAGAUGAAGGGCGUGUGCAAAUGACAGCUGCUGCUUUUGCUAAAGGAUUAUUAGCACUUGAUGGUGAAUUAGCCCCAAUACUUGUACAAAUGGUUAAAAGUGCAAAUACAAAUGGUUUACUUGAUAAUGAUGUUGAUUCAACAAAAGAACAACAAAAAGUCAAGCGAACAUUACAUGAUCUUUUAGCAAAAGAUCGACAAUUUACAGCAGAAGAUUAUGAUAUAAUUGCGCCAACUCGUUCUCGUUCUUUAGUGUCAUCAAUGGAUUUCAUUAAAAAUCCUGUUACUAUAUGUCGAAAGAUAUAUGAUUAUAUUCUUGAAAUGAUUACACUCAUUCAAUCACGUUCACUCAACGAUAAUUCAGGUAUAUUUAGUACUUUAAGAAAAUAA